AGGUGCAAUUUUGAAGUUUAAAAAGGAUGAAGCGCUGGUGAACAGAGCAAAGAGAAAACAUGUGUUUUAUUUUUAUUAAACCUGAUGGUUCGAGUGAUUUUGUGUUUUUAAGAUUUGUUUGAAGUGAUUUUUUCUCAUGGACUCUACUGGACUAUUCUUCAAAACUCGAUAUUAGAUGGAUAUUUUGGGAGUGAUACUAGCUGGUUGACAAAGCUUUUGAACCACAGGCUUUUUCAAAAAUAAAUCCAGAGGAACUGAGACUGAGGUAUUUUUUGACACACCGACGGAAAUCUUGUCUCUUGGAUAUUGGCUUAUUCAGAUUAAACUUUGUGACAAUGCCUGUGAUUGUACUAGAGGCCAGAGACUUUGCCAGUCCCCUUUUUUUGGUGCGGACAUGGGAGGUCUUAUCCAGUUGUGUUACCUUCAGUCUGGUGGCCUUGCCAGAGCCUUCGGAAAACAAAACCUUAUCUGAAACUCCUCAAAAAACUCAUCAACUUUUCAACAGUUUCAGGGACUUCUGCAUGUUUACCUGGUGCCUCUUCUUCACCCUUACCCUCCUUAUCCACAUUCUCUCCGUCAUCCAGUUUCAUAGCCUCAUCCCAGUAUCCUGGAAGAACCUGACAGUGACAGUGGCAGUCUUAGGUGCACUGAUGUGUCUCAGUGCCUCUGUGGUUUUCCCUUGGAUCAUCGUGGAGUAUCAAAGGGUGCGGCCGCACAAUGUGGCGGCUGCUGUGGCCUCCUGUCUCACCUUCCUUGCCUAUACCUCAGAAUCCUACAUCCUGCGCACCCAAGCCCAUGAGCAAAGAGGCUACAUGGGCAGCAUGCCUGGUCUGCUGAAGAUACUCCAAUUGUGGGGAGGCUGUCAGAUGAUACUGCUGGUUGUGGUCGACACUCUACUGCCAAGGGAAGAGCAAAGUGAAGAGCACAGUGAAGAGCACAGUUGGCAGCUGUGGGUGUCCAGUUUGUCAUACGGUGUCUGUGUCCUCAUGUCUCUAAUCAUACUGGUGGUAAUAUUAGGGGACUUUGCAGGGAGAUGUCUCCUACCUUUUGACAGAUUUUUGGCUGGCUUCAGUCUGAUUGGAGUGCUGCUGUACAUGAUGGCCACAGUGAUUUGUUUUACCAAAAUACUGCAGUUGAAAGACCCAAAAAACGGUUCCAGCAAAAAUACAGAGCUGGUUAUCACGAAAACAGUGGUUGCCAGUAUUACGCUGUUAGCUUAUACAGUGGACCUUGCCUUCUCCGUCAAACUACUGUGUGACAGGAAUCAUGCAUGAACUAACAAAUUAAGUUAAAUUUAUUGUAUGUGAAGUUCAUCAUGUACAGGAGGAAAGGAGGAAAUUAUGAUUUUGGCAAGUAUGUAAAAGUCAAACUGAAUGGAUGCUUUUAAUCAAUGCUGUGUAAUCAAACUCUCUCUGGAGACCUAUUUUUGGUAAUUUAAAAGAAUGCAAAUUGUUCAAAUAUUAAACUUAAUACAAAUUAAUUGUAUGAAACGGAUUACAAUGAUUGCACUGUAUUUUUCUGGUUAGUUCUACAAAUGGGAUUGGUUUUAUUGACAUGUGAGAAAGUAGGGUGACAUUUAUGGCGCGGUUCACUAUGACACACAUACUAUAUAACCACUAAACCGGUGCACUGACUUAUAAGGCUAAGGCAUCCUUUAUGGACAUAUAACACAGAUAUUGUAGUGUGUACUGUAGAGGUAGCCUUACAAAGCAAUCACCACUGAUAAAUCUUGAAAUAUAAACUGAUGACUGUGGACAAUUUGGAAUAUAGAGCCCACAAAAAAAUGAAGAAAAUUGAGGUGUAGAAUAACAAAAAGUUUUCCAUCUUGUCAUUGAAAAAUCAUUAAUGUUUCAAGUUUAUUGUCCUUUUUCAGAUUAUAAACUUUGCUUCCCUAAAGUUGAGCUCAUAGUCUGAUCAGCCUUGCAUUUUUUAGAAUAGUUACAUUUUAUUUACACUAGAUGGCAACACUCUCAUCAGCACGUACCUCUAUUUAAAUCACAGGACUGAACUGUAAAUGUAAAAUAUAAUCAGCGUUUUUCUACAGCAGAAAUGAAUUUGAUCUCAAGAAGCGUUUAUUGUAACGGUGUUUAAUUAGAUAGAUCACACCAGGCUUUAAUGUAAAUAGUUCAGUUGAAGCCGUUGUUUCUGUUAACACGUAAAAGAUAAGCAUUACAUUGAUUAUAGACAUUACACGUAAAAAGAAAACAUUACUUUAUAUCAGUUGUCUGUUUUGUAGGAUAAGCUAGUCAUUUAACGAGGGCUCGAAACUUACUUAAUUUGGGGUUCAUAUUAUCUAGUAAUAUUAACUUAUUAUUUUGUGUUGUUCUUGUUUCCUGCAUUGAUAAGACAGAAAAUAUUGUGCAACAUUAUAAUAACUUAUUUACAUUUUACAAUGUGUACUCUCACA